AUGGAAGGUUUAUAUUCUCAUGAUGUUGACUUACUUGAACCACAUUCAGAGGAGAAAACAUACUGUAUUCGUUGUCGUUUGUGUCGCAAACAACUCAUUGUUUCAAAUAAAAUAAAACGUUCUCACUUGUCGGGGGAUAAGGCUACAGAGCCUUGCGGGAACUGUAUAUUUCUCGACGAAGAGUUUCUGUCCGAUUGGAUCAGAGAUGAAAUUGAAAAUUCCUCGUGGACAAAAGGAUGUUUGAAAUGUCCUGGAGUAGGCUGUCCUGCCCGCGUUGGUGGGUUUGAUUUCGUACAGGGAUUAUUAUGCAGAUGUGGCGAGUUUACCAUACCUGCAAUUUGGAUACAGGAUGGGAAAGUUGAUGUCAGGGCUAUUAAUAGUAAUCAUGUCAUGCCAACUGCUAAGCCAAGUUUGACAUCAAGCGAAAAAUCUUGUUCAGGGCAGAUACCUGUCUCAGAAAAGAGCUCAAAUGUUACAGGUUAUGGUAAUUAUAGCACCAACCGGCCAAGUUUAAUAUCAAAUGAUAACUUAAAUUCAAAGCAGAUGCCUGAAUUGAAG